ACAAAGGACACACCACCACUAUGUGUGACGAUGACGUAGCGGCCCUUGUAAUUGACAAUGGCUCCGGUAUGUGCAAGGCCGGUUUCGCCGGAGACGAUGCCCCAAGAGCUGUCUUCCCAUCCAUCGUAGGAAGACCCCGUCACCAGGGUGUGAUGGUUGGUAUGGGACAGAAGGACAGCUACGUGGGAGAUGAAGCCCAGAGCAAGAGAGGUAUCCUGACCCUUAAGUACCCCAUCGAGCACGGUAUCGUUACUAACUGGGACGAUAUGGAGAAGAUCUGGCAUCACACCUUCUACAAUGAGUUGCGUGUGGCACCAGAGGAACACCCCGUGCUCCUGACUGAGGCCCCGCUUAACCCAAAAGCCAACAGAGAAAAGAUGACACAGAUCAUGUUCGAGACCUUCAACACACCCGCCAUGUACGUUGCCAUCCAGGCUGUACUCUCACUGUACGCCUCUGGUCGUACCACCGGAAUCGUCUUCGACUCCGGUGACGGUGUCUCUCACACUGUACCAAUCUACGAGGGAUACGCCCUCCCCCACGCCAUCCUCCGUCUGGACUUGGCCGGUCGUGACUUGACCGACUACCUGAUGAAGAUCCUCACAGAGCGUGGAUACUCCUUCACAACAACUGCCGAGCGUGAAAUCGUUCGUGACAUCAAGGAGAAACUCUGCUAUGUUGCCCUCGACUUCGAGCAGGAGAUGCAGACCGCUGCUUCAAGCUCCUCCCUGGAGAAGAGCUACGAGCUCCCCGACGGUCAGGUCAUCACCAUCGGCAACGAGCGUUUCAGGUCCCCGGAGGCCAUGUUCCAGCCGGCCUUCCUUGGCAUGGAAAGUGCCGGUAUCCACGAAACCACAUACAACAGCAUCAUGAAGUGCGACGUGGACAUCCGUAAGGACCUGUACGCCAACACUGUCCUCUCCGGUGGUUCCACCAUGUUCCCCGGCAUCGCCGACAGGAUGCAGAAGGAGGUCACAGGCCUUGCCCCACCCACAAUGAAGAUCAAGAUCAUCGCUCCCCCAGAGAGAAAGUACUCCGUAUGGAUCGGUGGCUCCAUCCUUGCCUCCCUGUCCACCUUCCAACAGAUGUGGAUCAGCAAGCAGGAGUAUGAUGAGUCUGGCCCCAGCAUUGUUCACCGCAAGUGCUUCUAAA